GCUCUUGACAACACUAUGUGUUAUACUUAUCUUAAUCAGGAGAUUCAAGAUGGACUUUAUUCUUCUAGCUGGCUACUUGAAACUUAUACCAGUUGAGUUGAUUUGGGCUUAUCCAAGAUCAAUUCUAAACAUCCAUCCAUCUCUGCUUCCAGCUUUUGGAGGCAAAGGUUAUUAUGAUAUGAAGGUGCAUAAAGCAGUUAUUGUUUCUGGAGCAAGAUACUUAGGUCCAACAAUUCAUAUUGUUGAUGAGCAUUAUGACACUGGAUGAAUACUUGCUCAAAGAGUUGUCUUUGUGCUUGCCAAUGACACUAUAGAGGAAUUGGCUGCUAGGGUUCUUAAUGAGUUUGAUUUUCAUGGAAGCUACAUGUUCCAAGGGAAGGGUGAAUGAGUCGAUACCCUUGAUCUUGUCUUGCCAAAGCGGCUGUAGCUAGAUCGAACUGCGGAGAAGCUAACUGGCCGGUUGUCCUAAGAGAUUUCCUGGAAAUCUCCGUCGACUAAUCUGCUUACCGAGCUUCUUACAUUCAUCUCCUCAGUUCAAGAUGUGAUUCUUUUUUUUCUUUUUUUUUUAACGAUUUGUUGUUGUUGAUGUUGUGGAUGAGAAGGGGAGAGGAGAGGAAAAUGGCAUAGGAUUUAGCCUUUUUUAAGAGACCCUUCUCUGACAUCAAAAUCGGUCACCUUCCGGGCAAUCUGCUUUGAUUUUCCGGUAGUUUGCGUCUAUAGGUGACUAUAUUUCCUUUUU